CAACCAGAAAGAGGACUGUCACUACCAAUUCAGGACUUGAGUCUCCUCAUUUUCUCAUCUUCGUCACUUGUGAAUAUUUGACGCUGAAGCACAGGCACGGCCCUGUCAUCACUUCUUGACUGUGCUUCCAUAGAGGACAAGUUGGACCGAACCGAGGGGAACCGCCCUCCUAAACCGCCAUGUUGCUCUGGGCACUGUGGAGUAUAAUUGUCUUGCUGAUUCCACUGGAUGCUGCACAAAAGAAAGAAGAUGUCCGAGCAGGCUGCAGCACAGCAGUGAAUGACUUGGUUUUUAUUGUGGAUGGCUCGUGGAGUGUUGGCGUUGCUGAUUUUGAAACAGCCAAGCAAUGGCUUAUCAAUAUCACCAGUCAAUUUGAUAUCAGCUCCCACUAUACACAGGUGGCUGUGAUCCAGUACAGUGACACUCAUCGUCUGGAGAUCCCUCUGGGAGAACAACAAAGUGCUGCAGAACUCAUUCAGGCCAUUGGAGGCAUCCCAUACAUGGGAGGAAACACACAGACUGGCAGAGCCAUUAAGUUUGCUGUGGACCAUGUUUUCGCCACAUCCAAGCGAGCCAGCCAAGUCAAGAACCGCAUCGCUGUUGUGGUCACAGAUGGCAAAUCCCAAGAUGACGUAACGGAUGCCAGUAUUGAGGCACGAGCUCAAAGCAUUACAGUGUUUGCAGUUGGGGUUGGUAGCGAGAUCACAAACUCCGAGCUCGUAUCCAUCGCUAACAAACCAUCUUCCACCUAUGUCCUGUAUGCUGAAGAUUACACCACCAUUGAUCGUAUUCGAGAUUCCAUGGAACAGAGACUCUGCGAAGAAUCCGUGUGUCCCACAAGGAUACCGGUGGCAUCUCGAGAUGAGAAAGGUUUCGAGCUAAUGGUGGGCAUGAAUAUUGAGAAAAAAGCCAAGAAAAUUCCCGGGUCUCUGGAAUCCGAGACGGCCUUCACUCUUACGUCUUCCACUGACAUUACCGAGGACACCAGAGAGAUUUUCCCAGAAGGCCUUCCUCCCUCCUACGUAUUUGUAGCCACCAUCCGUCUAAAGGGAAUUGCCCAAAUGCUGAACUUUGACCUUUGGCGGGUGUUAUCAAAGGACAAAAAGAUCCAGGCUGCAGUGACACUGAACGGAAAGGACAAAACGGUCACAUUUACCACCACUAAAAUGACAAACAUGGAGCAGAAGAUGGUCUUCAAUAUAGGAUUCGAGUCGCUAUAUGAUGGAAAGUGGCAUCAGCUUAAACUCCUGGUGAGACCCAGCCAGGUCACUGCUUUCCUUGACGAUCACAGGAUGCAGGAAAUAAUACCCGAACCAAUGGAGCCCAUUUACAUCAAUGGGAAGACACAGGUGGCAAAGAGACGGGAAAUAGAUGUCACUGUUCCUAUACAAAUCCAGAAAUUACGCCUGUACUGUGAUCCUCUUCAGAGUGAGAGAGAGACAGCUUGUGAGAUCUUCUAUGUGGAUGAUGAAAGGUGUCCUCUGAAUCGAAAAGCCACAAUUGCAGAAGUGGAGGGCUCCAAUGGUGUCGUUGGACCUGGGCAGCGUGGCCCACCAGGACGCACGGGGGACAAAGGAGAGGCGGGAUUACCUGGCGCUGAUGGUAAGCCUGGUGAAAGUGGGAAGCCUGGCCCUCCUGGAUUACAGGGGCAGAAGGGUGCUGACGGCUCACCAGGACCAAGAGGACUUCCUGGAAUGACGGGUGACAGCGAGAUAAAAGGCUUACCAGGACCACAGGGUCUUCCAGGGGAGAGGGGUGAACCAGGAUAUCCAGGAGAGGAGGGUUUAAAGGGAGAUCCUGGUGCUGUUGGAGCUCAAGGAGCCCCGGGAACUCCAGGAGAAGUAGGCCCACGCGGACCUCAGGGAGAGAGGGGAUACCCAGGACCACCAGGCAUACAAGGACCACCGGGGAACUGCGGUGAUUCGAGGGGUAAUACUUGUCUCGGUUCACCAGGGCAGAAGGGCUCAACAGGUGAGCCGGGUUUUCCAGGAUUGCCAGGUGGCCCAGGGCAUCCAGGGUACAAAGGUCAUUGGGGAGAAAAUGGAAAGCCUGGCCCAAAAGGAAAUAAGGGGGAUCCAGGCAGAGAAGGCGAGCCAGGAAUUCCUGCCAUACCUGGCCAAGUGGGACCCAGGGGAAAGGAAGGAGAGAAAGGAUGGAAAGGUGACGAAGGCCCCAGGGGGCUUGAAGGAAAGAAAGGGGACAUGGGCCACAACGGUCACAUGGGCGCUGUUGGUCCAAGGGGAUCUCCCGGCCUGGAUGGGCUGCCCGGUCAACCGGGUCAGCCUGGAUUUCCUGGAAAGCCAGGCAAGUCACCAUCAGAUGAGCAUCUUGUAAAGCUCUGCACCGAUGUUCUACGCACUCAACUCCCAGCACUUCUCCAGUCCGUGGAUAGAUCAGAAAGAUGUGAAUCCUGCUAUACGAUGAAGGGACCACCUGGUGAGACAGGUGCCCCGGGAUCGAAAGGCUCCAUGGGAAUACCAGGUUAUCCUGGCAGAACUGGCUCUGUGGGAUAUCCAGGGACUCCUGGAUUGCAAGGUCCUCCUGGACUCAAAGGUGACAUAGGACCAAGAGGGUUCAAGGGGAGCAAAGGAGAGGGUCACCAGGGACGCCCAGGACCACCCGGACAGCUAGGGGCUCGAGGUCCUCGUGGAUUUGAUGGAGUCGGACAGCCAGGCAACGAGGGAAUUCCUGGGAAACCAGGACCCCCUGGAGAUCCCGGUAAAAGGGGUAAUCCAGGGACACCGGGGAUAUGUGACUUAUCCAUGUGUUAUCAGACCUACAACCUAAGGGAACAUUACAGCAAAGGACCAAAUAUCUGACGGCAUACAAAACAGCGAGGGACACAAGUGCCAGUGGCUUUAACACCCACAUGUAUCCAGAGGCCAUUUAUCGUAUCGCCGAUUCACGUGUGACUCCUGCACAAGCACGUUGUGUGCAGAAGAGCAACACUGGAGGCAGAAAUAUCCUCAUAUGUUGAGUCAUACUGAAACAGGUGAUUCAUCCUUACAGAAUUCAUGGUCAACUCUUUGUAUUCUGGGAUACAAAUUGUACUUUUCAAUUUUGUUGCGUUUAUUAGUUCCAAGUGCCAGAGUAGCACCAAAGGAGAUCCUUUCAUCACAUUGUAGUUGUUAUCUUGUCUGGCGCAGGUCUAUCACCCUCUUUAUCCUAAACACAAAAGCUGGUGCUAAUCUUAAAUCAGCCACUGUGACAAACAGGCUACUAAGAAUCCUGUUAUUUAUAUUUAUAUUGACCCGCUUAGUAAUACUGACUGGAUUUGCAUUUCUAGAAGAAUUUUUUAAAUCUCUAAUUUACCUCACCUACAUUAUAGGAUCUAGGCAUGUAUUUUAUUUUUUAAUGUAUAUCUUAUGAUAUUUUAAAUAGAGGCCUGUUACCUGCUGAGAAUAAUGUAUAUAUAUAAAAUGCCUAUUCAAGUUUAAUAUUUGUUCAUCUAUAGAAGUAAAAUAAUCAGUGCAACUCUAUUGGUGCUGCUCUACGUUGCCUAUUUUGAAUCCUCCAAUAUCACAGUGAAAAAUUCACUGACUUUGUAGUACUCGUGAGCUGAGGAGCUCCAUUUAGACAAAAGUAGUACUUUGCCUCCAUCUCGCUGUAUCUAGAGGCAGUUACAGUACAGGAGAGUCAAUUACUCAUAGCAAGGGCUUACCCAAUUUCAAUCUGUUUUUUAUUUGUUGUUACGUCGUUGGCGAUUUACAGCGGCAGUCAUCGGCAACGUAGCAUCGUUGCUAGAACCCGAUGAUUUGUGCAGAUUAGUUUUGUUUCAUUAUUUUCUAGGGACUCAAAGCUGUUUAGAUCAGAAUUAUGUGCCGCUUCCAAGGUCUCUCAGAUAAACUUUACAGCGUGUCGAGACAAACAGCAGCUAUUUCAGUCGGAUGCAGGUAGAUGCAUUUAGCAUUCAUAUGAGCGUCUCCAGACAAAAAGAAGACGGAGGCAGCAAAACGAUGCAUUUGCAAGGAGUGGGAUGAUUUUGGCUCCAAAUGAAAUUGUAUCACCCCACAUUUAGCUGCAGAUUAAAUUUAGUCGCCUUGGAAAAAUAGGUUUCGCUCUAUGUUUCCACAGAAAAGAGUUUUGGCACAAACGUCAGCAAAAAAAAUGUCAUUUGGAACCAUCGAAAAUACCUUGUGGGAUAACAAAACUAACAAGCUCCUCUCGACGGGCUUUGCGCAUCAGGAAGCCGCUUUCUAAAUGAUGUUUUUCCACUUUCAUACGGUACAUUUCGACUUGUCAGAGUUGGCAAGUUUCAAUGGAGUCCCCGAAGAAUAGCAAACUCUGUCAUAGGUUUUCAUAGCACAUGAAUGACUUGUUGUAUGAACGAGUGCAAAUAAUGGUUGAGAUUUUCAAACUGAACAACAGCAGGUAAAAUAAAAAAUAAAAAAUCAUGUUUGUCCAUGCCAACCAUCCUAUUUUUGCAAAUUGGAUAUAGAUUAUGGCAGUUGGAGAACCCUUUGAAUGGUCUUAUUGUAAACCGUUAUAUUAGUAGAAUAAGCUCAACAACAAUGAUUGAAGUUUUCACAGUUCUUCCUGUAGCUGGGUGCUUUCAUUCCCCGCAUUUCUUGUACACUGUGACGGAGUUUGAAAACUAUAAUGGUUAUAUUGACUAAAUCUCAAACUUUGCUUUUAGUUUGUGUUGUUUUUUCUUUUGUCCUCCAAUCCUGGUAGUGCAAUGAUUUAUGAAUAGCCUUUGUAGUUGUUUAGCACUUUGGAGUAGUGUCACAAAGCCAUAAAUGUAUUUGUAAUAUAUCCUGAAAAGAGACAUUGUCAUUUCUAUUUUGUUGGGCAUUAUUUAUCUUCCUAUUAGUAAAUAAAUGUUGAUUUUUGGACGA